AUGGACGCGACGGGGCGUCGGGACCCACGAAGAGAGGCAGCGUCUCCUGACGCUGCGUCGACGGCUGCUGAGUGGGCGCCGGACAAGGCGCUGCGGUGUCAGACUCCUUGGGGGUGCCCAAGGAAAGCGGCUGCAGGACAGGCUGCACAGCCACCGCUUGGGAAGGCGGCCCGGCUGAGGGGUCGACGUCCAUCAGCUCCGAAGGCGGUGGCGACUGAAGAGGGACCGCAGGCGCCGGACCGACCACCUGGGGCGCUCCCGGAUGAAGCUGCGCGGGAGGCAUCAACGGGACGGGCUGUCGGCGUGGCGGCAGGCAACAGCAUCUCUGAACAGCAGCCAGGUGCUUCACGUAGUCAAUCUUUGCUUACUCGAAGCUAUGGAAUAUUUUGUCAGUGA